GGUCGUCGGUCUACCCGAUGGUAGGCCAGUGUCCCGACUUUUCUCGGCUUUCGCGUUGUUACUCGUGCCACCGCCGCGGUUCUCGACGUCACCCCGACGCCGUCGUCGUCGUCGCACGCUAGCGUCGACGAAAUCACGCAGAGCCCUUCAGGCUCACCAGGCUUCGCAGGUUUCCCUCCAACUCCAAUCGAUGCUCGUCACUCGUCGUCGGUUUGAUCGUUCGUCGUCGCUGGUGGCGAUCAUCAUGGAGCCUUUCAACCCUGACCAGUGAAUCGGUGAACUUUUGAAUCGAUCACCGCGUGUUCUCAACCCCUAAGGUCGAUCAACGUCGUCCUAUCAACGCCACUGCCAGUAAUCUCAACAAUCUGGAAAGAUCUCGCAAGACUCGAAGAAGACGUCGUUGGGUGAUCGGACCAACCCUUGGAGUUGACUCUCGACUUCGUAGGGUGACAAGUGCAACCCCUGCAGUUGAAGGUUGGCACGUCGAAGCAACAGUUCCCGCUGGAGGCGUCUGGCGUUUGGUAGACGACAUGCCCGCCAACGUUGAGGCCACCGCCGCGUGAGAAGCUGCCGGGACAUGUGCCUUUUGGUCUUCUAUUGAUCGCCGCGUCCCGACGCGGCCAGCGGAUCCUGACGUUUCGGGAUCGCGGACUACGGGAGACUCGAGGAUUCCGACCUGUCCUGUGAAGAGUCCACAGCCCCUGAAGGAAUUCGUGGGUCGCUGCCAGACGAUGCCAUCGCGAGUGAAAAAGUCCUUCUGCGGUUGCCUCCAGGAUGACGAGCCGCCGGAAAUCACGUAUUGCGUUGUGGAGCACACGGGCACGCUCACGCUUCAAGCGAUGACACCGACCCUGCCGAUGCCCGCCGAGGAGGAGCUGAACAAGAUGUUCCUCGAAUUGGUCGACGAGCUCGACCUGACCCAGGCUAACCGACAGGCGGUUCUGGCACUUCCGGCGAAUAAAAAGUGGCAGAUUUACUGCUCCAGAAAAGGCAACGGCACGCUGGAGAACGGGGGACUGAGAACCACCGACCUCAGUGGCGAUCCCGAGGAUUACAUCAACAGACUCAGGACCAUAGCCAGCAGUCCGUUUUCGGAGGAGGGUGACGAGGUCUCGAACCAGAUGCGCCAGGUGGAAGCUCUGAAGACCGCCCUGAGGACCCAGCCGCACAGUUUCGUCCUCAGGUUCAUAGAACUCGAUGGCCUAAACGCUCUGCUGCAAGUUCUCGGAACCAUGGACGCGGAAGCGGCCAACAGCAACCUCCACACGAGCGUGAUAGGGUGCUUGAAGGCGUUGAUGAACAACUCGAACGGAAGGGCGCACGUCUUGGCGCAUCCUACCGCCAUCAACACGAUAUCCCAGUCGCUGGCGACUGAGAACAUUAAAACGAAGAUCUCCGUUCUGGAGAUCCUGGGUGCCGUGUGCCUCGUUCCAGGCGGUCAUCGAAAGGUCCUGGAAGCCAUGCUGCAUUUCCAGCAGUAUCAUUCCGAGCGAACGCGCUUCCAGAGCAUCAUAAAUGACCUGGAUAAGAACUUCGGCAUCUACAAGGACAACCUGUCCUUGAAAACGGCAAUCAUGUCGUUCAUCAACGCGGUACUGAACUAUGGGCCAGGCCAGGUCACGCUGGAGUUCAGGCUGCACCUCAGAUACGAGCUGCUGAUGCUUGGUAUCCAGCCCAUCAUCGAGAAGCUCCGAAAAUACGAGAACGAGACGCUGGACAGGCAUUUGGACUUCUUUGAGAUGGUGAGGAACGAGGACGAGAAGGAGCUGGCGAGGAAGUUCGAGAAGGAGCACGUGGACACGAAGAGCGCCACGGCGAUGUUCGAUUUGCUGAGGAGGAAGCUCAGCCACACUGCCGCUUACCCUCAUCUGUUGAGCCUACUGGAACACUGCCUUCUAUUGCCACUCGAUUAUGGCUCCCAUCCGCAGCACUGGCUCCUGUUCGACCGGAUCGUACAACAGAUUGUCCUCCAAUCCGAAGGGAACGAAUCUGGCACCAUAAGGAACCCCGACGUAGCGCCGAUCGACAUCAACGUGAAGGAAAUCGUUCACUUGCUCGCAAAGGAAGAGGAACUCGUCGCUGCCCGGAAGAAGGCUGAGGAGUUGGAGCGGGAGAACUCCGACAUGUCGACCAGAUUGGCCAAGAAGGAACAAGAGUUGGAUCUGAGGACGCAAGAGAAAGAAGACAUGGAGGCCAGCCUGGCGAGGGUCAAGGAACGCCUCGAGAAGGAGACGUCGAUGCACAUAGAGACCAAGCAGAGGAUCUCGGAGCUGCAGGACAACCUGGAGACCCUGUCGCGACAGAUAAACAACGAGAAGUCCGAGAGAAAACGGCUGGAGCAAUUGGUGGCUUCGGGAAGCCUGCCCGACGACGCGAAAGCGACGAUCAAAAUUGUCGAGGACGAAGUCCUUGAAAAAGUCGAGGCGAAACCGAUGCCACCGCCGCCCCCACCGCCGCCUCUGGCACCUCCACCGCCCCCUUGUCUAAUGCCAGCGGCACCUCCUCCCAUGAAGGUGGAGAUCAUCAAGAACGUUCCUCAGCCAAGCAACCCCCUAAAGUCCUUCAACUGGUCGAAGAUCCCCGAGCAGAAGCUGCAAGGCACGAUAUGGUCGGAGCUCGACGACACGAAGCUGUAUAACGUCAUGGACCUCGAGUCCAUCGAUAAGAUAUUCUGCGCUUAUCAGAAGAACGGUGUGUCCACGGAGGGUUCCAUCGAGGACCUGAGGACUCUGGGGAAGAACAAGAGGACCAUGUCGGUGAUCGACUCGAGGAGAGCUCAGAAUUGCACGAUACUGUUGUCGAAGCUGAAGUUGUCCGACAACGAGAUCACGAGAACGAUUCUGUCCAUGGAUCAGCAGAAUAUUCUGCACAUAGACAUGGUCGAGCAGCUGCUGAAGUACAUUCCCUCGUCGGAGGAGGCAGCUCUGUUGGACAUGCACCAGAAGGAUCUUCAGAGCAGGGCUGACUGCUUCCUAUACCAAAUUUCCAAAGUACCGCACUACGAGCAAAGGCUGAGAUCUCUCCAUUACAAGAAGAAGUUCUCCGCCAGCAUCGCGGAAUUGACGCCAAGAAUGCGCGCGGUUCUCGAAGCUAGUCGACAGGUAGCCAGAUCACGUCGUCUCAGGAAGCUUCUGGAGUUGGUCUUGGCUCUAGGGAAUUACGUGAACCGUGGAAACGCGCGAGGCAACGCCUGCGGCUUCAGGCUGGCCUCCUUGAACCGUCUAGUCGAUACGAAGUCCUCUUGCUCCAAAGGCACCACUCUUCUGCAUUAUCUGGUCCAGAUUCUGGAGUCCAGGUUCAGAGAGGUGUUGGACAUCGAGGAGGACAUGCCCCACGUUCGAACAGCGGCUAGGGUCAGCAUGGCCGAUCUGCAGAAGGAGGUGGCCAAUUUGAAAAACGGUCUUCAGGACGUUCAGAGGGAAAUAGAAUUCCAUCGUGGCCAGGCCCAGGUAUUGCAAGGCGACAUGUUCUUGCCCGCGAUGAGGGACUUCCAGGCCCAGGCCACGUGCAGACUGGCCGAAGCGGAAGACCUGUUCCAGGACAUGAAAACUAGAUUCGAUCGAGCGGUAAGACUGUUUGGUGAAGAUUCAGCUGGAGUUCAGCCAGACGAGUUCUUCGGGAUCUUCGAGAACUUCUUGCAGGCUCUGGCAGAGGCCAGACAAGACGUGGAGAACAUGAGGAAGAAGAUCGAGGAAGACGAGCGUAGAGCGAAACAGGAACAAGAGCUUCGAAAGAGGACGAUGGAGAGGAAGAAUUCUCGCGAAGGAAUAUUGAACAGCAUAUCAUUGAGCAAGAAGAACGAGGCGAACAGCAACGGACAGAACGACAACAAGGGUGAAUUCGACGAUCUGAUCUCUGCUCUCAGAACUGGGGAUGUUUUUGGAGAAGACAUCGCAAAAUUUAAACGAUCAAAGCGUCGACCAGUGACGCCAAGCGGUCAGGAAUCGCGUAGACACAGCGCGCACAGAGAAGACUCCAGGGAACGGCAUUAGAAUCUCCAGCUGGAUUACGGCCUCGUGAUUUCAAUGUCUCGACGAUGCGACGAAUCUUUCCUGUGCUUGUUACGCGACUGUCGUUCCGAGGGAUCGAUCGCUGAACAAGUUAAAGAGCUACUAAACAAAUUAAAUUAUGUUAAACGAAGAGAAUCUACCGAAGAAAAGAUGUGUGAUAAAUAAAGUGGAGACAACGACGUUCGAAAAUAUUGAAUCCUUUGGGGAGAGCCGAGGAUCGAUAGAAGAAGUACGAGAGGUAGAAAGCGUGUACAUACGGAGAUGAAUCUACGUUAUACUUACGUUUCUUCAUCGAUUAAGUAGAAUUAUUUUGAUUAAGUUUCCUUGAAACUGUCUUCCUCCUUCUUCGCUCACUAUUCGUCUGGUAAGUCCUAUUGGACACUGAAUUAGCUUUGAUAGUGAAACAUUUGAAGAAUCUACAAUAUUUAUGGUCGAAUCUCGUUCUCUGUGUGUGCAAUGAACUUUUUCCACGAACAGAACGUCACUUAAAGAAGAAAACUACGAGUACAUUUCGUGCACGCAAUUUCGAUGCUUUUUUCAUGCAAUUUUCUUGCUUUCACUGUACACGUCAAUUAAUGUACAUCGCGACAGAAUUACCACUUAGACGCAAAAUGUUGAGCGAACACAAAUUUGUACAUUGUUGAAAGCGACUGUGUUAUGAGUCAGGCAAGAGUUUCACGCGAUAAUUUCUUGUAUAUAUAGUCAUUACAUUUUCGUUAACGUUGCCAGCGUUCGGUGGCAGUAUUUUGCAAAACCUCGACGAAAGAACUUCGCCAACAAUCGGACCAAGGAAAAUUUCCAAGAAGAAACGCGAAUCUAAGAACAAUAGAUCUAAAUAAGAUAUUUGAGGCUCUCAUGGGAAAAGGAAGCCUCGGUUAAUAUCAACAUUGGACCUCGAUUAGAUCUGGCUUUGGAUCUGACUUUCGUCUACCGACGAAUUUCCUUAUUGAAACAUGUUUUUUGAGAGAAAACUCUUUUUCGACGAGAAUCGACGAGAUAUAAUAGAUAGGCCUAGAGGUGGAACUCGAUUUCUACCCAGCGAAACCUACAAGUCUGAUUUUAUAUCUUUAGAAAACGAUGAUCGCAGCAUCGAUUAGAUUAUUUAGUGGCUCGUUGACAUUUGCCAAGUCGUUGACGGAAAUUCGUGUUAGUUCUCGGUGUUUAGACGACGAGUGGAGGCGAAACGAUUCUAGAAAGAGUUCGUUGUAUAGUAGUCGAUGUUUUGUAAGCUUUUGUAUUUUUGUAAAUAUUCAGUAUCGAUGUCUCCGUUCUUGUAAUGGGCAGCAGCUCGACAAGAAUUAAUGUCCAGUUAAUAUAUUACUGCGUCCUUAAUGUCACAUGUACUAAUAUAUAAAGAAAUGUAACGAAUAAAGAGGAAAUUCAAAUCGA